AUGUUGGGAAGACGAAAUCAAAAUUGGCUGGUUUUUUGGUUUUUGGUGUGUUUUGUAGUGGAUCAAAGUGUUUCGAGGAUUCAGAGAGGUGAGGAAAAAAAAUUUAAAAAAAAAUUGAAUUUUGAAAAAAAAAAAUUUUUCACUGUUUCAAAUAUCAAAAAAUUUAUUCUGGAGAUUUUUCUAUACAAGAUAAAAUUCACUGUUUCAAAAAUAUUUGAAGAAUUUGAAUUUCAGAGAAAAUUUCACUAAAAUAUAAUUCAAGAUAUUAAUUGAAAAUAUUAUUUCACUGUUUCAAAAAAAUUACAAAUUUUUGGAAUUUCUCAAAUGUUUUGAUUACUUUUUUGAUACUGUAAGUCCAAAAAAUUUCACUGUUUCAAAAAUAGCGGAAAUUUUUGAUUUCAGAAAAAAUUUUCAAUUUUAUUGGACUAGACAAUAACAUGAAAAUUUAGUUGGAAACAUUUUCACUGUUUCAAAAAAAUCACAAAUUUUCAAAAUUUUUGAAAUUUUCAAUAUGUGUUGUUCUAUUUCACAUACAAAAAAAAUUUUCACUGUUUCAAAAAAAAAAUAAUUUUUUAAUAUCAAAAAAUGUAUUCUGUCGAUUUUUUUAUGGAAAAUAAAAUUCACUGUUUCAAAAAUAUUUGAAGAAUUUAAUGUUCAGAGAAAAAUUCACUAAUAUUUUGAUAACAUUUUCACUGUUUCAAAAAUUUUCAAAAAUUUUGGGAAUUUCUGAAAUUUUUUGAUUUUGAUUACUUGUUUGAUUUUGUAUGUCCACAAAUUUUCACUGUUUCAAAAAAAUCACAAAUUUUUGAAAUUUUUGAAAUUUUCAAUAUCUGUUGUUCUUUAUCCCCUCAAAAAAAAUCACUGUUUCAAAAAAUUUUCAAGGUGUUUCUAACAUCAAAAAAUUUAUUCUGGAGAUUUUUUUAUGGAAAAUAAAAUUCACUGUUUCAAAAAAUUUGAAGAAUUUGAAUUUCAGAGAAAAAUCCACAAAAAUUAUUUUUUUUAAUUAAUUCGCAAAAAUUAUUUCACUGUUUCAAAAAAUUGACAAGAUUUUCUAACUGUUUCAAAAAUCUCAUGAAGUAUCUGUGGGUUCAAAAAAUCACGAUGCCUCGACUUUAUUCUACAGAUUUUCGUGAAAAAUCAUUUUCAAAAAAUUAUUCACUGUUUCAAAAUAUUCAUGAAAUAUCAGUGAAUUUUGGAGAAAACGAUUCAUAUCCAUUUCAAAAAACAUCUCAAAAAUCCCUGAGCUUUGUCAAUCCAAAAAUCUCCCAUUUUCCUUCCAGCUCGUCCCCGAAAACGCACAAUUAUCUCAACAAAACCCAGCGGUUUUUCUCUUGCCCGAAUUCAACAAAAAUUCGAUGAUGACUACGAUUCCGAUGAUGAUUCUCAACAUUUUCAAAAAUCAGCGGGUACGGUUUUUUCUCAGCUUAACCUUUGAGGUUUUCGAAAGAAAGUGAAAUGAAAUGAAAUGAGAUUUGUUAUCUCGACAAAAAAAAAACAAAUGUUCGCACUUUUUUUCGUCGGAAAGAGAUAAAAUCUUCAAAAAAAGCAGCAGAAACCUUAUUGUUAGUGGGGAAAAGGGCGAAAUAGGGAAAUGAGGGAGUUGGGUGCUUUUUUUGGAGAAAAACACACAGGAAAAUUGUUUCUGAUGGAACUAGGAACCGAACCAAAUUGUAGAAUUGUGAAAAAAAUAUAAAGAUUUUUUUAAACUGUAAAUUUUUUGAACAAAAAAUUAUGCUGGAUGGAACCAACCGAACAAAGGUUUGUAGAAUCGUGCAAAAAUAUACCAAAUUUUUGAAACAGUGAGUUUUUUUUCACAAAUGUUAUCACCUUUUUCAUUCGAUAAGAAAAACAUUUUUGAAAAAUUCUGAGAAAUUGACGAUUUUCUUUGAAACAGUGAGAAUUUCCUUCCAUUUUAAUAAUAUGUUAGAAUUGUGAAAAAUUGUAUACAAAAUUCUUGAAACAGUGAAUUUUUUUUGGAAAAAUAUUAUUUUUCUAAUUUUUCAGUGAGGAAACUGAAGUAAAAUUUUCACAUAUUGGCUUCUAAAUUUUUCGAGCAAAUAUAAUUGUACCCUUAAAACUUUUCACAAUUUCUUCAGUAUUUUUCUAAUGAAAUAAAACAAGAAUUAUCGAUAACUAAAACCCUAGACGCUCUGAAAUGUUAUAAAUUUUUCAUUGAAACAGUGAAUUUUUUGGGAACAUGGUUUUUCCUACAGAAAUUAGAAAUGUAUAAAACCAAGAAAAUUUUGAGGAAUUUUUGAAACAGUAAAUUUUUUUCAAAAAAAAAAUUUUUUUUUUGUUUUCGAAACAAUGUCAUCAAAACGGUAUCACAUCAAGCUCGAAAAAAAAAUGUUUAAAAAAUUUUUGAAACAGUGAAUUUUUUCCUGUGAAAAUUUCAGAUGCAAACUUAUUGUUAGGAUAAGAAAAGUUAACAACAUCAAAAAAUUCUCCAAAAAAUUCUAAAGAAUUUUUGAAACAGUAAAUUUUUUCCUGUGAAAAUUUCAGAUGCAACAUCAGAAAAUUCUCAAAAACAAGGAAAUUCUAAAGAAUUUUUGAAACAGUAAAUUUUUUCCAAAAAAAAAUUUCAAAAAUUUUUGUUUUCCAAAAAAAUUCCACGAAGAUAUCACAUCAAGCUCUAGAAAAAAAUCUCCAAAAAAUUUUUUGAAACAGUGAAAUUUUUCCCAUUUUCCAGUAGAUAGUGCUCGUCGUCGCGACGAAGUCGUCAACGACGCAAAAUGUCUUCAAAAAUGCAAUAAUCGUCUGAACAUUGGCAUGGACAUGGUUAAUGUGAGCGAAAAAUUCAGAAUUUCAGCUUUUUCAGCCAAACCUCAAUUUUUCCAGGCUCACAUGGCAUUUGGUAGUAUAGAUGUGCCAAGUGUUGUAGAAAAACGGGAUUUAGAAUUAUUUUGUAUGUUAGAUUAUGAGCAUAGUCAAUGUAUUGAUGAAUGUGGAUAUUCGGUACAGUUCAAUUUGCGAGAAUAUGUGUGUAGGAAUCGAUUUCCAGAGGUGAGGUUCGGGAAAUUCUGAUCAAGAAGAUCGAGAGGAUCAAAACGAGUCCCCACAAGCCUAGGCUCCGCCCACAAAACUGUGCGGCGUUAAAAAUUUUAGGAAAUUUCUGAAGAAAAUUGUGAGCAUCAAAAUGAGUCCGCACAAGCUUAGGCUCCGCCCACAAAACUGUGCGGCGUUGAAAAUUUUAGGAAAUUUCUGAAGAAAAUUGUGAGGAUCAAAAUGAGUCCCCACAAGCCUAGGCUCCGCCCACAAAACUGUGCGGGGUUAAAAAUUUUGAAGAAAAUUGUGAGGAUCAAAAAGAGUCCCCACAAGCCUAGGCUCCGCCCACAAAACUGUGCGGCGUUAAAAAUUUUAGGAAAUUCCUGAAGAAAAUUGUGAGGAUCAAAAUGAGUCCCCACAAGCCUAGGCUCCGCCCACAAAACUGUGCGGCGUUAAAAAUUUUGAAGAAAAUUGUGAGGAUCAAAAAGAGUCCCCACAAGCCUAGGCUCCGCCCACAAAACUGUGCGGCGUUAAAAAUUUUAGGAAAUUCCUGAAGAAAAUUGUGAGGAUCAAAAUGAGUCCCCACAAGCCUAGGCUCCGCCCACAAAACUGUGCGGCGUUAAAAAUUUUAGGAAAUUUCUGAAGAAAAUUGUGAGAAUCAAAAUGAGUCCGCACAAGCCUAGGCUCCGCCCACAAAACUGUGCGGCGUUAAAAAUCCUGAAGAAAAUUGUGAGGAUCAAAAUGAGUCCCCACAAGCCUAGGCUCCGCCCACAAAACUGUGCGGCGUUAAAAAUUUCAGGAAAUUCCUGAAGAAAAUUGUGAGGAUCAAAAAGAGUCCCCACAAGCCUAGGCUCCGCCCACAAAACUGUGCGGCGUUAAAAAUUCUAGGAAAUUCCUGAAGAAAAUUGUGAGGAUCAAAAUGAGUCCGCACAAGCUUAGGCUCCGCCCACAAAACUGUGCGGCGUCAAAAAUUUUAGGAAAUUUCUGAAGAAAAUUGUGAGGAUCAAAAUGAGUCCGCACAAGCCUAGGCUCCGCCCACAAAACUGUGCGGCGUUGAAAAAUUCCUGAAGAAAAUUGUGAGGAUCAAAAUGAGUCCCCACAAGCCUAGGCUCCGCCCACAAAACUGUGCGGCGUUGAAAAUUUUAGGAAAAUUUCUGUAGAAAAUUGUGAGGAUCAAAAUGAGUCCCCACAAGCUUAGGCUCCGCCCACAAAACCCUGCCUGACUUCCAGAUGCUCCAAAACCUUCCAUGUUACGCUAAAUCCGCGCCGGUGCUCAAAAAAUACUGCCGUCCGCGUUGCGGUGUCUACAAACCGCUGACGCAUUCGCAAGAGGGAUAUUCAUCGAGGUAGGGAAAUUUUCAGCCAUGGAAAAAAUUGGGCUGAAAUUAAAAAUUUCAGAUGUCGGCAAUUACUCUGCGAUCACACGUGUACUUCAUUUAUUUUGAAAAAGGUAACCUCAUAAUUUUCGUAGGGCACAGCAAAAUGGGCGGGGCUUAUUAAGCUCCGCCCACUUUUCCAUGCCGCAGGGCUUGUUUGGUCUCAAAAUGAUCCCUAGAUUCUCAGAAUCCACGCCAUCGAUUUCUUAAGCUCCGCCCACUUUUCCAGGUUUGCCCGGAAGAAAAAGGCGAAAAAGCCGCCGAUUAUUUGCUCGAAUUCACUCGGCUCCAAGUCGACUACUGGAUGAAGGAUUUUUUGAAAACCGGUAGAAAUUUGCGGAUUCCGGCGAGUUGCGAAAAGUUGCAAUGCGACAAUUUCAAGUGUCAAAAUGAGAUGAAAAAAAGGCGAAGAUUCAAGAAAUUGGUGCAUAAUAAUGAUGAGAAUAGAGGGUUUUUGCAGUGA